ACUAUUUAUUAUAUGCCAUUCCAGUGUAACAUUAUGCGCAAUAUUUGUAUCCACUUAAAAUAUAUGCUUUCUGAUUUGUAUAAAGAAUAAUAUGUGGGGAAAUUUUAUGCACUAUUGGCAUCAGUAAUGGAAUAACAGAAAUGGUUGCAAAAUGCGCAAUUAAGGUUGAAUUGGUUAAUGAUAGCUUUACUGAAUUAAAAGGUGAGAUUGCUGGUCCACCAGACACACCAUACGAGGGAGGUAAUUUUGUACUCGAGAUUAAAGUUCCCGAGACAUAUCCCUUCAAUCCUCCUAAAGUGAGAUUUAUAACAAAAAUAUGGCAUCCUAAUAUAUCUUCGGUAACAGGUGCUAUUUGUUUGGAUAUAUUGAAAGAUCAAUGGGCUGCAGCUAUGACUUUGCGCACUGUAUUGUUAUCAUUACAAGCUUUACUGUCUGCAGCAGAACCAGAUGAUCCACAAGAUGCAGUAGUAGCUAAACAAUAUAAAGAACAUCCAGAAAUGUUCCGUCAAACUGCCAAACAUUGGACAUUUGUAUAUGCAGGUGGACCAGCAAAAAUGCCUGAUUUAGAUGAUAAAAUAAGGCGGCUAACAGAUAUGGGAAUUGAAGAACACAAUGCAAGAGUUGCUUUAUCUUCAUAUAAUUGGGAUUUGGAACGUGCCACUGAGCAACUCUUCAGUUAGUGAUAACUGUAUAGUUAAUAUGUCAUGCAAAAGCACUGUUCAUUUUGUCAUUACGAAACUUCCGCAACACUAUGCCCAGUUAUUGAUACCAUAGCAGUUUCAUAAUCAAAUUCAGCACUUGUAACGACAAUAUUUCGAUGACAAACAAAAUCAUGGAAAAUUCAUUUAAUAUCUUUAAAUAAUAGUCAUUUAUUUAACUUGUAAAAUAGGCAUGAAAAAAAUCAAUAACUAAUAAAAUCUGUUAAGUCUAA